AACACUUUCUUUACUUACACAUCGCCCAUCAUGUUCAGCGCGAAACGAAGAAGGGUCGCGCACGAUGCGCCCAAGAAGAAGAAAUCGGUUGUUGCAGAGAAACCUGCUCGAACUGAGCCUGAGCCUUCUGACGACGAGCAAUCUGAGGAGGAGUCUUCUACUCUAGAGGAGCCUUCUGCUGAGGAAGCAGUUGAUGAUGCCCCCAAGAAAACUUUCAAGGAUCUCGGCAUCGUCGACGCUCUGUGCGAAGCUUGCGAAAAGCUCAACUACAAGUACCCCACGCCCAUCCAAGAAAAGUCCAUCCCCGUCGCUCUCGAAGGCCGUGACAUUAUCGGUCUCGCCGAAACAGGUAGUGGAAAGACAGCUGCGUUUGCUCUCCCCGUCCUCCAGGCUCUUCUCGACAAGCCUCAGCCUCUAUUUGGUCUCGUCCUCGCCCCGACUCGUGAACUGGCAACCCAGAUCGGCCAAGCCUUCGAAGCCCUCGGAUCGCUCAUUUCUCUACGAUGUGCUGUGAUCGUUGGUGGUCUUGAUAUGGUUCCUCAGUCCAUUGCCCUCGGAAAGAAGCCUCAUAUCAUUGUUGCGACACCCGGUCGUCUCGUGGACCAUCUUGAGAAGACCAAGGGCUUUUCGCUGCGAACGCUCAAGUACUUGAUCAUGGACGAGGCCGAUCGACUUCUGGAUAUGGACUUUGGACCUAGCAUCGAUAAGAUUCUCAAGUUCAUUCCCCGCGAGCGACGUACAUAUCUUUUCUCUGCGACAAUCAGCUCCAAGAUUGAGAGUCUGCAGCGUGCCAGUUUGAGAGAUCCCGUUCGUGUGAGCAUCAGCUCCAACAAGUACCAGACCGUCUCGACUCUGCUCCAGCACUACAUCUUUAUUCCUCAUGUCCGGAAGGACGUUUAUCUUAUCUACCUGAUUAACGAGCAUGCUGGAAAGUCCACAAUCAUCUUCACUCGAACAGUCUGGGAGACACAGCGUAUCUCCAUCCUGCUAAGGGCCCUUGGAUUUGGCGCCAUUCCUCUGCACGGCCAGCUCUCUCAGACUUCCCGUCUGGGCGCUUUGAACAAGUUCCGCUCUGGUACACGAGAUAUCCUCGUCGCUACCGAUGUCGCCGCCCGUGGUCUGGAUAUCCCCUCGGUCGACGUUGUUCUCAACUACGAUCUCCCCCAGGACUCCAAGACAUACAUCCACCGAGUUGGACGAACAGCCCGUGCUGGUAAGUCUGGUAUCGCCAUUAGCGUGGUGACGCAGUACGAUGUCGAGAUCUUCACACGAAUCGAGGCUGCCCUUGGCAAGAAGCUCACGGAGUAUCCCACCGAGAAGGAGGAGGUCUUCACUUUCCAGACCCGUGUCGAAGAAGCCCAACGCCACGCCAGAGUCGAGAUGAAGUCUUUCACCGAGGAGAGAGGCAAGAAGGGCAGCACAUUGAAAGGCGGACGCGGCAAGAAGGGCGGCAAGCGGGGGAGAGACGACAUGGACAGGGAGGAGGGUUAAGAGCUUGUGCCUGGACUGGAGUUUCGGCAGUUCGGCGUUGUUUUGGUUGAGGGAAAAGUGUCAAAGUCGAAGGGUUCUUCGAGGCUUGCUUCAGUGUUUCAAUGUCUAUCUUGGCCAGGAGAUGUGGAUUGCUCAUUUGUUGCCUAUAGUGGCUGUAGGCUGCUUGAGGUUAUACGACGAGUGCAUCGACGAAGGAUCCUCUAAUUUAGAUGGCUAUUUAAUUUAUUUACUCACUAUCACUAAAGAUAUUUCGUGUUUCAAAGUUGC